GCUACCACCUAAUCACAUCAUGUUGGACCCCGCAUUUGUAUAUCAAGUCAUGGUCAUUGGUCAGUGCUUUUGGAAAGAAGAUGGAACCUUCAGCCUAAUCUAUACGACUCUCUCAAUCUCUCAAUGGAUCAUUCACUGGCUCAUCCAUCUCAGGAGGACAAUAUGGAUCAAGCACCACCAAAAGUGUCAUCCCUUGAACCCCCAAUAUCUUCAUCUAAACCACCCAAAUCCUCUUUUGUUGAUCCCAAACUGAAGCUACAUUUGUCAGCUGCUUCCUCUCAGGGAAACAAUCAAAAGGGGAAGGCAGUUCAGGUAUGGACUGAAAUGGUUUCAUCUAAAUCAUCUGCAUUCUCAUCAUUUUCUUCUAAGCCACCUCGAUCUCCGUCUCCCCCUAAGUUCCCACAGUCCUUGGAACCAAGUCUUUCUGCUUCUUCCUCAAAAUCAAAGAGAAGAAACCGACAGAGAAAGAAAAAAAACCCGAGUGUUAAAAAGGGCUUAUCUAGUCCAUCCCCAUCAACGUUAGAACCCCCAUUGGUGAUUUAUUCUCCAUCACCUCCAUCUUCCCCAUCUUCAUCAGAAUCACCACCAUCGUCCACUAAGCUGCCUCCAGCCUUAAGGCAAACUUUUGCCUCAGCUCACUCGCAUGUAAGAGAUCAACGGGGGAAGACAUGUGGUUAUUCAUUGAUCAAGAGGGGCUUAUCUAAUCCAUCUCCAUCAUCACUGAAACCCGCAUUGUUGAGUUCUUCUGUACCGCCUCCAUCUUGCCCUAGAGAGCAUUCAUCAUCUUCAUCUGGAUCACCUCCAUCAUCCCCUAAGCUGCCUCCAACCUUAAGGCGAGCUUUCUCCUCACAUCACUCACAUGUAGCCAAUCAGCGGGGGAGGUCAUAUUAUUCAUGGGUGCAAAAGGGUUCAUUACCUAUAUACAAGGUUCCCAAGAACAUUAAAGCUUCGAUCAAGAAAGAUAGAGUGCCCAAAGUUCUUGACCAGCCAUUGUCUCCCUUAACCUAUAAGAACUACUUUGCUGCUCUCUUAUAUGCUGAGGAAGUCUACUUGGAGAAAUGGAAAGAUUAUCAAAUGUUGGAAGUGACAUUGAACUUGCAAGAGGCAAUUAUAAAGGCUAAAAAGAAGGAUGAAAAAAUCUUUGUAAAAUUGAAGUUAGAUUCAGUUCCUGAGAGACGCCCAUUCCUUUUAUCAAGGGAUUUUGUCUAUGCAAGACCUUCGGGUAGGGAUGUUCAGCCAUUUGAGGGCAUUCUCUACCGUGUGGUGAAGAGCAGUCAUAUAUUAGUUGAUUUCGGACAUGACUUUCUUUAUCAGCAUCAUCCGAAACGCACAUAUGACAUCAGCUUCUCAUUUAACAGACUUUGUUUUAAAAGAGCUCAUGCUGCAGUUCAAGCUGCAUCAUAUCCUUUGUUCCAGAACUACAUCUUUCCUGAUUGUGUUCCAGAAAAGAUCAUCAUUUCCAAUAAUUCCACACCAAAGGCUGCAGUUAGACAGAUUUUAGGCUUUUAUGGCCCGCCACCCUAUAUUAUAGAGGGCCAACGCUCCGUGAUUCGUACAGGAAAAUCUGACUCUAAACCGUAUAAACUAUCAAAAACAGGAGAGAUUGUUCGAGAAGCAGCAUUGCAAAUCUAUAAAAGCUCUCCAGAUGAUCGUAUUCUCAUAUGUGCCCCCUUAAACAGCACAUGCGACGAGCUGAUGAUUAGUUUGAAGAAAGUGAUUCCAGAGUGUGACAUGUAUCGAACCAAUGCUGCAUUUCGAGAGGUAGAUGAGGUACCUAUUGAGAUUCUCCUCUCAUGUGAUCAUGACGGCGAAUGUUUUUCCUGUCCUCCACUCGCAGAACUCCAGAGGUUUAGGCUGAUCUUCUCCACAUUUGUUACUAGCUUUCGGCUACACAAUGAAGGCGUCACUGCUGGACAUUUCAGCCAUAUUUUUCUGGUGGAUGCUGCUUUGGCUACUGAGCCAGAGACAAUGAUAGCUCUGGCUAAUUUUGCUAAUGAGAGCACAGCUGUUAUAGUAACAGGUUCAGCCAAUCAUCAACCAAAUCAGGUGCGCUCUGGUAUGGCCAGGACCGAAGGAUUGAAGACAUCAUACUUUGAAAGGCUCAGUAAGAUGAGAACAACAUCAGAUGACACCUAAAUGGAGCUUAAUGUGGUGCUCAUUCAGUCCUGUUAAUUUGUUAUUUGAAUUUGGGUUGUGUUAAUUGUGUAAACAUUUUCGGUCUUGUUUAAUUUGCCAACAUUUUUGAUUCUGCUUAAUUUAACACGAGUGAAGGAACCUCAACUUAA